AUGGCGUCCGCCGCGUCUCAGCCGUUUCUGCAAUCUGUGAGUGUCCAUUCCUCUUUCGACUCCGCAGGGUCAGCCGCCGCGCCCUACGCAGCGCACUAUGCGCCGCUUGACGCGACUCCACGCGCCAGCGCCCUCCCUGCUGGAAGCGUCGUUGGGGCAUACACUGUGCCAGCUGUUGCCGUCAAUUGGAACCCCGUGGUCCUGUCUCCCGUUUCAGCUGCCGGCGAAAAUGGAUGCCCUUCCGCCAUGGCGAUGAGCCAUGGCGCUGCAGAACCCGGCCUACCGUCGAAUGCGCUCUAUCCAUCCAGCGUCUCGAUGACUUCGCUCCGGGAGUCCAGGUCUAUCGGCGCCUUUGAGCCCCUGUUCAUCGAGGCUGCCCGCCGCAAGCAAUCCGAUCACUUCAUGGUUCUCGUCCGGCAGUUGGUCGUCGCCUCCGGAGCCCAGACAGACGCAGGUGCCGUAGGCGCCCUCAGGGAACUCUGUGUGUUGCAUCACGCGUGCGCCCUCGGAGAUGUCGCUCUCAUCAAGCAGCUCGUGUCUCGCUACAACCUCGACCCUGAGUCCCGGCACCCGCAAAACCUGGAAACCCCGGUUUUCUUCGCCAUCCGGAACGCCCACUUCGACGUCGUGCGCUUCCUCGUCAAACUUGCGGGCCCUUCCUGCCUGACUGCUCAGACCCGAGGAUGCAUGACACCGUUCCUGGCGGCUGCGGCUGCGAAACAUGACGAACGGCCCCGCGACCUUCUGAAGAUUCUCGAGUUCAUCUACCUCCACGGUGCCUCUCUGGAGGAGCAAAACGCAUCUGGUGACACCGCGCUUUUCCUGGCUGCGAAGCACGGGAAUCUGCAUGCCGUUCAGUGGCUGGUGGCUCGAGGCGCGAGCAUGAACCACCGCGACCACACGGGGGGCACUGUACUGCAUGCGGCUGUUGCGAAGACGGGCGGUUUCGCGGCGGAGGACGAUCCGCUCCAGUUUUUGUGCGAGAACGGCGCUGUGAAGUUGAUUGACACGCGCGCCGACAUCGGUCUUCAGUUUGAGACGAUGCGCGAGCGGCCGUGGGCUGUGACCCCGAAGCGCUUCCCGGGCUUGACGGUGCUGCAGAGGUGCCUGAUGAAGCGCCAGUGGUUUUCGUACCUCAUGCUGCUCACCUGGAGGCUCCAGUACCAGAUUUUCGGCUACACGCGCAUGAUGAAAAGCAGCUACGCGUACCUGUAUUGGGCGGUCACGCUCUUUAACGUCCCGCUGUUCCUGAACGCGGUCUCCCAGCUCCACGCGGUCGGCGCGGCCUCCGUUUGGGAACUCGGCAUGCUCUGGAUCCUGCUCUGGGGUCUCACACAGUUCUUCUGGUUCAUAACGUGCUCAAGCGACCCUGGCAUCGCGCAGGGCAGCCAACACACCCUCAAACCCCAAUACGACUCCAUUUACCCAACCAUGAACCCCGAGAUCCUUGACCGAAUUCCCCCGCCCUCGUCUGCCUCGGCGAUCGGACCAUCCCACUACCGCAUGCUUCAGAUGGAAAGGGAGCAGAUGCGCCUGAACCUGGAGCUGCAAGAAGUGCGCCGUACGACGCUGCCAUACCAGAGCCAAGACCUCCAGGCGCAUGCAGACCGCGCUGCUGCAGUCCGAGAAGAAGACACUCGAGUCCUCGUCACUGCGCUGAAGGCCCUCCGCGCUGACGUGGUGGCGCUGAUGCCAGGUGUUGCAGCUGAGCGGAGAUCGAGACUCGCUCAGGAAUACGUUGAAGCCGUCCUCGAGGGACCCGCGGCGAUGAAAACUGUCUGCGUAACGUGCGAGCUGGUUAGGACUGCGCGCAUUCACCACUGCGCCGACUGUGGGCACUGCCUCGAGCGCCAAGACCAUCACUGCGUCUGGGUCGACACGUGCGUCGCGCGAAACAACGUCCGCCCCUUCUGGUUUUUCCUGCUGUCGGUGACUGCGCUGCUCAUCUGGAAUGAUUACGUGUCGCUGCUGUAUCUCAAGAACCUCUGCUUCCACCUGGAUCAACUGGUGAGGCUCACUUGCCUCGGCGCAGGAGUGAUGAACUUCAUGGCCUUGGUCUUCGUGUCGUAUCUCCUCGUUCGAACGACGCGCGUUAUGAUCACCAACGUCACGUACUACGAAUUCCUCAAAAAACCGGUGCACAUUCAGAGUCGUUUCAAGGGGCGAACCGCCGGCUGGCUCUGGGACUUCCGGGGCUUGACUCCCGCGGCGAUGAUCAGAAACAUCGCGCUGUUCUGGCAGAACGCGGACGCGCUGGACGACCUGUAUUUGCGGCCGGAGGCGACGGCGAACUUCCCGGAGUCGUCUCCGUUUUUAGCUGCCAGGCCCGAAGGGCCGUACCUCCCUCUCUCUGCGGUUCCUUCACCGGCGACAGCCGCCCCUGACGGCGCGUUGGAGCCGUGCCUCGUGAAGGAAAUGCAGGGUGCGAGCAUGCUCCAGCACUCCACGUCUCUGUCCUUCGCGUCUGAGGCCAACGUCCCGCCGUCGCUCAGUUCUGCACCAUCGUCGCCCAUGGCCUUGAGCAUCGGCACAGCCCCGCCCUCGCGCGUCCCUUCUGCGGUCUUGUACGCCGACGGCCCCUCUCCCGUAGCGACCUCCAACGGCUACAAACUCUUGCCGACUCAGCCUCUGUACAUGACUUCGGAUGCCUCGACGACGGCGUCGCAGCACCCCAGCGCGUACGCGCCGAGCCUGCAGUAUCCCUCGCCGGUGAGCUCCACCAAGGCGCCUCCGUCUCCCGCGGGGCUUUCUGGCUGCCGUCUCGUUCGUUCCGGCGAAGCGCAUCCGCAGCUGCGGACGAUGGCGGGCACCGCGGAAGUCUUCGCUGACCAGGCCGACCGCAGCGCGCAGCAACCCUUCUUCUCGCAUCCUCUCGCCGUCACCCAGCCAAUGUACGUCCAGUGCGCCGACCCCCGCAGCGUUGUCUAA